GCUCGAAUGUAUGGUGUUUUGUGUCAGUCCAGUUGUUUGGCAAAUCUAUGCCACAAUUUUCAAAGUGUUAACAUUUCUGGCACUGAGAACUAUAGUCGAGAGCUGCUUAAAAGGAAAAAAGAAAAAUUACAAUGGAAGGCCAUCAGCAUCCAGUUAUGAUACCUAACGAUUCGGCAUUGCGGAUAAUUCCUGAAAAUCAACCGGGUGUCGAGAGGAAGCCUUUCAUUCUACAUUUCAGAAGGUCGAUUGGUCGCGGUGCUUUUGGGCGUGUCUACGUCGGUACGAUUGACAGUUCCUUCAAGACGAUGGCCAUCAAGCAAACCUACUUGGAUACGAACCUUUGCUAUCGCGAGCCGGAGAUAAUGAUGCGGCUGCAGGGCCACUGCAACAUACGGCGCCUGUACAUGCACUCGAUUGUGAAGCUGGGGAAUCCGCUAACGGACUACAUGCUACUGAUCAUGGACUACAUACCCAUGACACUGACGCAGUUCAUCCACAGCUCGCUACAAAAUGGCCAAAGCAUGGACAUGCUCUACAUUCGCAUAAUCUCAUAUCAACUCUUCCGCGGACUGGCCUAUCUGCACUCAAUGCAGAUCUGCCAUCGCGACAUCAAGCCCGAUAAUCUGAUGAUCAACGACUCCACGAUGCUGCUGCAAAUUUCCGACUUUGGCAGCGCCAAGAUUAUGCACCACAAGGAGGCCAGCACCACCUACAUCUGCUCGCGUUUCUAUCGAGCCCCGGAGCUUUUUGCGGACUGCCAGUAUUACAGCUGCGCUGUGGACAUCUGGAGUGCCGGCUGUGUGCUCGCCGAAAUGUUCACGGGACAAGCACUCUUCCACAGCGUCCAUCACAACGAGGAGCAGCUGCGCUGGAUGGUUCACACCCUGGGCCCCCGCGGUCUGGAGCAUGCCCCAAACAUCAAUGCCGUGUGCGGGUAUCAUAGAGGUUCCAUGUAUAAACGUAACUUCUGGGUGAAUAUUCUAGGCCGAGAGGUGCCCCACGAUCUGGCCCAAAUGCUCAACCGCUGUCUGGUGUACGAUCCCAAAAAAAGGAUCUACCCCAUGUCAGCCUGUGCACAUGCAAGCUACGACGAGCUGCGCAGCAUGGAGUUCCAAAAUAUCAAAAUGCCCAACGGCUACGAGUUGCCACCACUUUUCAACUUCAGCGACUACGAGCUGAAGAUCCAACCAGAGCUGUUGGUGCAACUGCUGCCGCUGUGCCUGUACAACAAGUGGAAUCCUGUCGAGCCCAACACCUUUAUAGAAACAACUACAAAAUAUGUUCCCGUUAAAACAAAAGAUGAGACCACGGCCUAAGCCCACUUCUCUGCACCCCUGACACAUAC